AUAAGCGGGGUAUAACGAAAGUAGCUGUUACUUUGCUUUUGUUGUUUUGUUUUAUAUUUUUUUAAUUAUUUUAGAAGGUCCAUCAUAGAUUAAAGAAUAUACGUUAACAAAGGUGUUUCAAGGCUUAACAAUUUAAAAAAUGGAUUACGAAAAUGAUAUAAACGAGGUUGUAACAAUAACUUCAGAUACCGACGAACCUUCACCUAAUGCGGAAAAACCAAUCAUACAGUUUUUCAAGAGAUUAAUAGAGAACAACAAAAAUAGUAACACUGUUCUGACCGACGGUCAGAUCACCGAAAUACUCGACAAAGAAUUCGACAUCCAGUUGUCAAAACUACAUGAAUUAGAGGGAAUUAUAUAUUUAUCUGUCAUGAAAAAAUACCUCAAAGAUUGGCCGCAAUGGGAUGAAUUAGAUACGGUCAUCAGUAACAUAAAUAAAGACAAGACGAAACAUGAAAAACAAGACGAAAGUGCAGAUUUGGAUAAAAUAUUGGAGUCUAAAUAUGUUAAUUUAAAAAGUUUUUUGAAAAGUAUGCUCGAUACUGCUAAAAAUAUUUCCAAAUCUACCAUCCAGCCGCUUAUAGAUGGACAAAUUGAUGUUAUGAAGGACAGUGAUAAAUCUACAACAGAGAGUGAUAUCGUUCUAGAGAUACAUGGAUCUAGAAACCAACUCAAUAAGUUAAUCUUCCGGCAACCUCAUCCAAAUUUAAAUAAUACGGUUUUCAACCCAAAUUUUGAAAUGCCGACACGAAUAAAUCUAUCAACGUUUUCUUUAGAAGCAAUCCUCAAUUGGUGGGGAGUCAGUAUCAGCAUAUUGACCACCAAAAAUAUACAUAUCUACAAACGAGAAACUAAACACGAACUAAAACACGUCUUAGUCAACAAAAAGCUAAAAGAACAUCGCAAACCUUUUCAACUAUUAGAUCAGGAUAUUAAAAUAUCUUCAAUUUCACCCACACAAACGGUUCAAAUAAACGACCUCAUCGAUAGAUGUGAUGCAAUGGAGCCCACGACCAACAAUUAUGAUAUAUACGAUUUUAUAAAGAAAGAUUUAACAAUGCUACCAUACAAUGUACCUUCUAAAAAAUAUUUAAAGCGCUAUACGAAUAAAUAUUCUUAUGUGCGUUACUUGUACAAGGAAGUUGAUACGGAGUUGCCAACUGACACUAGCAAUAAGUAUGAUCUACAGCUCGAGGAAACAGUGUCACCGUGUUAUUUGAUAUAUCUCAGUAAUUUAAAAGACCCAAUCGAGUGUUUGUAUGUAUGCUGUCAUCCCUGUGAGAUAAAAUUUACAGGAGCAAAUAUAUUUGGUGAUUUAAGAUCUCAUUUUGAUGCUGAACACAUAAACGAACCAGACUGGACAUGUACUAAAUGUGAUGGCGUUUUCCCGAUGUUGGAAUUGGCUAAAAAUUGGUGGUGUCACAGAUGUUAAUGUGCUGUGGAGAUUUUGAAAUUUGAAUAUAACUGAUACAAGCUGUGUGGCUACGGCAGUA